UUACCUACACGUCACCAGGAAGUGUUGCUUACGUGUACGUCCGAAAUGAUCAGGCAGGACUUAAACGAGGAUGACGUCCCUAUGUUCGAUGAAGACGAUGCAGACACAAAAGAAAGAAGGUCAAAGAUCAAGCACCCGCUGGCCUCUUUUUUCCACCUGUUCUUCCGAGCGAGCGCCAUCCUGGUCUACCUGCUAUGCGAGCUCCUGAGCAGCAGCUUCAUCGCCUGCAUGGUCACCAUCAUCUUCCUCCUCUCCUGCGACUUCUGGACCGUGAAGAAUGUCACAGGCAGGCUGCUGGUGGGGCUGAGAUGGUGGAACCAGGUGGAUGAUGAUGGGAAGAGCCACUGGGUGUUUGAGUCGCGGAAGCAGGGGGCCGGGAGGAAAGUCCCCUCCAGCUCAGAGUCCAGGAUAUUCUGGCUGGGGCUGACCGUGUGCCCCAUCGUCUGGGUGUUCUUCAUCUUCAGCACAAUCUUCUCGUUCAAGAUCAAGUGGCUGGCAGUGGUGAUCAUGGGCGUGGUCCUGCAAUGGGCCAACCUGUAUGGCUACGUCCGCUGCAAAGUGGGCGGGGGGACCAACCUGAAGAGCAUGGACACCAGCUACUUUGGCCGUCAGCUCUUUAAGCAGGCAAUGGCUAAAGAAGAAUUCUAG